GUAUUUUAAUUUCGACAGAUAAUCGAUAAAAAAUGCAAAAAGUGUAUUGAAAUUUACAUUUCAGUGAAAUGACUCCCAAAUUUAUUCACAAAUCAAUUGUAUUUAAUAGAAAUAUUAUUGAUUUAAAGAAAAUCAACGAUUUUAUGCAUCGAGUAAAAUGUGACAUUUCAUAAACAACGGUUAUUUAACGUCUUGAUUUUCCGUCCAUUGUGUCCCGUCUGAUUCAUUGGUGUCUCUGUGUGUAUGCGUGAAACAAUCGUAUUAUUAUUAAAUUAAAGUUAUAUUUGUAUAAAAAAGUGUAAAUUUUUUUGACAGCCUAUGAAUCUUUAAAAUAAUUUCUUCAGUAUAAAUGAACAGAAUGUGAAUAAUAUAAAUUAAAUGAAAAAAUUAAAAUUUUUUUAAUUAGUACAUAUGAGUUAGUGUGUUUACAUAUCAUAUAUGCAUAUGUAUAGAUUGGCUUGCCAAAAAAUUAACGUGUGGGAGAAACAAACAAGAAGCAAUAAAAGUAAUGAAGCCUCGCGGUUUGCGUAUUGGAUUUUUUGUCAUUGCUGUAAAAUAUAUGAUAGUAAGCUACUUUUUAUGGCGUUAUUUUAAAGACUGAGUAAUUGGAACUUGAAGAAUUCUAUAAACAUGAUCAAGGUGAUUGGUGGAAAAUUAUAUUCAGUGGCAAUAAAUUCAACGUAACAAAGAUUAUUUCGUAAUAACAAAAAAAAUUCGUCAUUUAUAAAAACAAAAGACUACUAAUGCAGAUUCAAGUUGUAAAAUAGGAUACAAUAUUUUACUUUUGCCAACUGUAUGAAUCAAUUACUCCUCUCACAGUGCUAUGUAGAUUAACAAGUGUAUGAAAACAAUAAUGAUGUACCAAGGAGGUGAGCAGACGGCAUCUGAACCUUGGAGAAAGCCUUUAGAUUUAAUUACAACUAUCAAUCCUACUAUUAAUUCAACAAUGGAUGAUGAUGAACAUUGGUGCAAACUAGCUUUGUACAAAGAAGUAUCAAAUUCUAAUGUUAAGAUAUGGGAUGUAGUAAUAUUAAUUCCAAAUCUUUUUUUCUUACUAUUUAUAAUAGUGAGAUGUAAUCGUGCAAGACUCAAAUUCAGGGCUACUAGUAGUCCAAUAUUUUUGGCUUUCUAUGGACUAGUAAUUUGUAAUGUAAUAAUAUCAGUGAUAAGAUGUGUAGUUUCUAUGUUAGUAAAUGCAGCUACCGACACAGGAAAUACUGCUGAUAAAGUAUUGUGGGUGAUAGUACGAUUUUUCUUACUCUCUACUGAGAUGAGUGUUGUUAUAUUCGGAUUGGCGUUUGGGCACUUAGAUAGUCGAUCAAGUAUAAAAAGGGUACUUGCAGCUACGUCACUUAUAGCUUUAAUAUUUACAAUAACUCAAGGGACGUUGGAAUUGGUUUUGCCAGAUGAUACUUUUCGCAUUGUCAGCAGAGAUUUUUAUAUAUACGGUCAUGGAGGCAUGACUUUUUGGUUUUUCAGUAGUCUUGUUUUUACUUUAAUAUAUGUUUUCAUAUUAAUUCUGCCAUGGACUAGAUUACGAGAUCGAUUGAAUUUGCCAACUAAAAAAAGUUUUUACAUUUAUAUUGCUGCACUGGUCACACUCAAUUUAGUGCAAUCAAUAGGAGCGGGAUUGAUAAACUACACACAAAGCUUGGCAGGGUUGUGUGUAGUUGAUGUGACAUCUGCAAUAUAUCUUACUUUCUUUACGCCAUUGGUCUACCAUACUUUUUUGUCUGAAUUUCUUGGUGUUUCUCAACCAUCGAUAAAGUUUUCCUAUAAAGCACAAGUGGACGACACAAUUGAAGAGGACACUGUAUCAUUACCUCACCAGCAAAGUUUCUCAUCAUUAAGAACUGACAGCGAUUACCUUUAUCAGGUCCAUACUCCAUCUAUUUACAUACCUUUGUAUGAACCGCUCACCACCAAUCCGUCUGCUUCGAAAGCCUUCUACUCUUUUUCUUCCAGGAAGGAUCUUAAAAGUCUUGAAACCGAUCAGUGUAGUACUCAAGGAACAGUGUAUACUUCACCUGAGACCCAAAAUAUUAUCCAAAAAGCCCCAUUUCAUUUUGUUAAUUGUCUCAAGUUCGAUAUGACAGAUGCUAGUAAUCCUCACUAUAAUCCCCAUGAUGUAACAUCUAACAUAAAUAAUUCAAUUGGUGAAAAAGCUUCUAGUAUAUUAUCACCAGCUACAACAAAUAAUUACAACUACAAAUCCAAGUCAAAAGAUGAUAUCAAUUUAUUAGGAGAAACUCGUAGAUUGAGUUUAGGAAAUCAAAUAGUUGUUUUUGAUUCUUAUAAGCAACCUGAUACAGUUAAUCAAAACAUUGAAGAAAAAUCAAAACUGAUGAGUCAAUCUGAAAUAAAUUUGAAAAGUCUCUCAAACAGUAUCAUUCCGCCUUUAGAAGUCCAUUUAAAUGAUAUUCUCAGUGAUAAAGUUAAUAUUAAUGCAAUCAAUACUUCAAAUACUAUAUCGCCCAGAAAUUUAAAUAUCAAUGCUCCUGAAGAUCGUGGUUUGAAUAAUUCUUUAGCUUCUCAUAGCAGAGAAUCUGUUGAAAGAAAUAAAAAUUCUGGAGGUCUCGGAGACUAUUUACAGUCAUUGAAAUCAUUUGAACAUAGAAGUUCAGAAGAGACUCCACAAGAAUCUACGUUUAAGUCAAGUUUUUAUCAAAAUGACAAUAAUUAAAAAUUAUUUAAUAUAGAAAAUUCUGUAUAGUAUUUCAAAUAAUACGUAUAUAACUCGAAGAGUUUCUAAUUUAUUUGUUAAUAAAAAAGUAUUCUAAGAAAUUUUUAUAGUUGAAAUAAAUUAUAAAAGUUAUACAUUUAUAUCUUUAAAUCGCUUAAAAAGAAAUUAAUGUCGUCUUUGACGUUUAUGUAUGAGCUUUUAAAUUAUAAUUUG